GACUAGUAGAAGGGGUAACUGGAGCAGUGCAGCGUGUCUGAACAUUUCACAUCUGGACUUCCUCAGAAAAAAUGACUCUACUGCCUACAAGCAUCCCUGCUAACUUCACCACUGCGGUUAUGAAUGGGGACCAAAACAAAACAAAUGUCACUGAGUGUCAUCCAACAGACUUGAAGGAAUGGAACGUCAAUGUGAUCCCAGUGUAUAUCCUGAUCAUCGCUGUGCUGGGAAUCGUGUUGAAUUUGUUUGUACUGAUGGUUUUCUGCCUUCAUAAGAAGGCCUGCACCAUGGCUGAGAUCUACCUGAGCAACAUGGCCGCUGCUGACCUCUUCCUAAUGGUUUUUAUGCCAUUUUGGGCAGUGUAUGCAGCCAAAAACUUCAACUGGCCCUUUACUGAUCCCCUGUGCCCACUGAUCACCCUCGCCAUCAACAUGAACGCCUACUGCAGCAUCUACUUCCUCGUUCUGAUUAGCAUAGAUCGUUAUAUGGUACUGGUGCACCCGCUGUCCCAUGAGGGAAUGCGUCGGCCAAAAUGUGCCAAACUGGGCUGUUUGGUGGUAUGGUGUUUUGGCUUGUUCCUGAGUAUACCAACACUCGUCUACAGGAAAGUAAAAUAUUACCCUGCCUCAAAUGCUAGUUUUUGCCAAUUGGUUUACCCAAGUCCCACCGUAGGGCAUGUGUCUGAUGUGAUGCUGAUGAUGUUCGGCUUCAUCAUCCCCAUUUGCAUUAUUUCCUUCUCCACUUUCAGGAUUAUUAAAGCACUGAAUAACAGGUUAACUGUUGGGUCAAACACCAAGAAGGUGGAUCACAAGGCCACCAAUCUGAUGCUGGCGGUCCUCUUGGCGUUUAUGAUCUGCUGGGUGCCUUUCCACCUGAUUAAGAUACUCGCAUUGUUCGUGUAUGCUAAAGUCCUGACAGGGUGUACCCUCAAUGCCAUCCUACCUAUCUGCAUGUCAGUCUUCAUGUAUUUAGCCUUCUUCAACAGUGUUCUUAACCCCAUCCUCUACGUUAUUGUAGGAAAAAACUUCCGUAAAAAAGUUAGGGAACUCUUCAAGCAGUGGAGCUUUACCAGAACAAUGACCCUCAGCACCGCUUCGACACGCUCAAACAUGUCGAAAAGUGUUCGUACUGAGAAUGUCUCAGGCUGAUAAUUAAACUGUUAGAUAUUUGAUUGUUUGCUCUCAACACACUCAGUGAUGUACAAUUGUUCGAUGAGAACCUGUGACUCAAUUUACCGUAUAAACACUUAUGCCCUAUAACUGUUGUUUCAUUAGAAAUUAUUUCAGACCUCAUACAAAACAUACAAACAGCACUAACAGAUUGUUUUAGUGCAGAAGUAAUGGGCGCAAACCACUAAAAUGGAGUAAUGUCAGACAAGCUGGAAACAGACUUUGUGUCUCUGUGUAACAGCAACGGUUUAAAGUCUUAAUAUGACACCCUAAUGGUAGGUUGUUUUCUUUCUCGCCUGCAUGCAUGUCUCAGGAUAUGUGUGUGAAGCUGUUUCUCUGUACUGUACAGUGUUGCUCUAACUGUCUUGUUAUAUACGUUUUAAUGUUAAACAUACAAAAACAAACCCUGCCAUAAUUUAUAACUGUAAUUAUCUCUUUCUGACGCUGGAACUCAUGUAACCUUUUUUUUGACUCCAGAGAGCUAACAUAACAGAAUAGCCACCUACACACUGUUCAUACAUUUACAUGACAUAAUAGAGAGGUUGUUUUACUAUUCAAAGUCACAAUGGUGUGAAGAGUAGUGAGUACAUGUUGGUGUUUCUUUACAGCUUGAACAAACAUCACUGUUGAUGGAAUAACCUCUGUGUUUCAAUUGUGAAUCUAUUUGCAUCAUCAAUGUAAUGUUAACCUGGAGUGGCAUAUACGCAUGCUGAUCUAUGAAUAAACUUGCACCAAUG